CCGCUGUCGGACACCUUCCCCUCGGUGUCCUUACCCGGUGUCCCUCUCCUCUCCCCGCCUCCUUCUCCCCCAUGCCGGGCCGGGCCAUGCCCCCGGCCCGCCCCCGGCCCCGGGCGGGGCUGCCCCGUCCCCGUCCCCGCCCGCCCCGCCGCGGUCUCGCCUCCGCCCGGCUCUGGCCGUGCUGGCGGCGGCGCUGCCGGGCGGGCAUCAGUGCCUGGGGCUGGGCCGGCAUCGCCGCCCUUCGGCUCCGCCCAGCCCGAGCCCGGCCCCGGCCCCGGCGCCUCCCGGGCCCCGCGGAGGACACACGCGGCACGGCCGCGCCCGCCGCCCCCGCUGCGGCUUCCCCGGCCCGAGCUCCGCCGCUCGGCAGCGCGGCCGCCGGCCCCGAGCCUCCCGUGCCCCGUUCCCGAGACCGAAGGCCUGGGGAUGGCCGGCCCGGGGCGCUUGAGGGGCGCUCGGGGGCCGCUCCUGCCCCCGGGCCGAGCGCUGACAGCCGCGUCCCGCCCGCAGGGAAGGCGCAGGAGGCCCGGCAGGAGCGGUACCGAGUGGGUUCGCUGCUGGGGCGCGGCGGCUGCGGCAGCGGCUUCGCAGCCACGCGGCUCUCGGACGGCGCCCCGGGGAGCGGCGGGGUGGCCAUCAAAAGGGUGCCACGGAACCGCGUCCGGCACUGGGGCGAGCUGCCCGACGGCACCAGCGCACCCCUGGAGAUCGUGCUGCUGGACAAGGUGUCCACUGGCUUCCCUGGUGUGGUCCAGCUGCUGGAGUGGCUUGAGCUCCCCAACAGCAUUGUGAUGCUGGAGCGGCCGGAGCGGUCUCAGGACCUCCUGCAUUUUUUUUGUGAACGGAGGUUCCUGUGUGAAGAGGUGGCACGGGAGCUGUUCCGCCAGGUGCUGGAGGCCGUGCGGCACUGCACCAGCUGCAGAGUCCUGCACCGCAACAUCAAACCAGAGAACAUCCUGGUUGACCUGGCCACUGGCCAGGCAAAAUUGAUCGACUUUGGCUGUGGCACCUACCUGCAAGACACAGCCUACACUCACUUUGCAGGAACACUGUCAUACAGCCCCCUGGAAUGGACCCACUUGGGCUGGUACCAUAGAGAGGCAGCAACAGUCUGGUCCCUGGGCAUCCUGCUGCACCAGAUGGUCUGUGGGCAGCACCCUUUCAGGAAGGGCCAGAAGAUCAGCUGGGACCAUCAGCUCUCGCUGCCACAGCGGCUCUCUCCAGAGUGCCAAGAUCUUAUCAGGUGGUGUUUAUCCAUGCACUUCUUGGACAGACCUUCCUUAGAAGACCUGUUCUGUGAUCCUUGGAUACAGGCUAUUCAUGUGCCAUAG